AUGCCUGCCUUUUCAGUAAGUCCACAUCCCAUCCUCUCCCAGAAUCCGCGCAAGCCACAUACUCUCGCCCGACAUCGCUCUCACACUCAACAACAGCGCCUUAUUCGCUUCCUCGCCAGAGAUGGCCGCACAUACUACGGCGACGCCAUUCUACCCAAGGGCGUCACAGAUAUUGCAAAGACGAAACGGGCCCGCGUAAUCACUGGUGACAUAUUCGGACAGCACCAAGUAACAGACCAAGUCGCCGAUGUCCGCCUACUUCUACCGCCACUAGACCCAGCUCAAGUCAAGACGGUGAGAUGUCUAGGCCUAAACUACGCAGACCACGCCAAGGAGACAAACAUGCCUCAGCCUCAGUAUCCAGUCCUCUUCUACAAGCCUGCCACGGCUCUUUCAGGACCAUCUGAUGCUAUUCCCGUCCCGCACGUCGCUCAGGAAGGCACUGGACUUGACUAUGAAUGCGAGCUCGUCAUCAUCAUUGGGAAGAGAGCCAACGAUGUUUCUGAAGCUGACGCCCUCGACCAUGUUCUUGGAUACUCUGUCGGAAACGAUGUAUCUCAUCGAGACUGGCAGAUCAAGCGAGGAGGAACGCAGUGGUCACACGGCAAGGGAUUCGACGGCUGGGCUCCUUAUGGUCCAGGUAUUGUUACUACGAAUGUGAUUAAGGAUCCUCAACAGCUGAAGAUUUGGACCAAGGUCAAUGGUGAAGUCCGCCAGAAUGGGUCAACUGCGAAUUUGAUCUUUGGAGUGAAGCAAACGGUUUCGUUGCUGAGUCGUGGCGUCACUUUGAUGCCAGGAGAUGUCAUCUUUACUGGAACACCAGCUGGUGUCGGUAUGGGGCGAAAUCCGCAAGUUUGGCUCAAGGAUGGGGAUGUUGUUGAGGUUGGCUUGGAGCAAGUUGGAACCUGCACCAACAUUGUGGAGUUUGCCAAGCACGAAGCAAAGCUGUAG